UCAGUGGCCAGAGUGCAAGGACAGAGAGGACACCAAUUCACAGCCCACGAAGCGUUGUUACGCAGGGCAGAGGACGGACCAAUUGCGUUGGUGCCACAGCUCCCCCCGCUUCUUCCUCCCGCCGCCCCUCUCAACAUCCAAGUUAUUCCCCCUGCACCGUACUAAAUGCCUCCCUUUUUCUCUUACACCACUCUCCCCUAUCAACUCACGGAGGGCCCCUAUCCUAUGCGUGAGUUCUCGGAGUAUUUGGUGGAGCUGAUUGACGUGGAGCCGCUGCCCUUCGCAGACGAAGACGCGUGGGAGUUGCACCGUGAGCUAUACAAGUCGGUGGCGUUGGGGAUGUUCCGAUUCUUCGUGGAUCACGAAGACCACUGCAUCGGGGAGCACUUCGUCAUUUAUUACGUCAUCACGUGGCCCAAGCCAGCGCAGAAGGAGGGGACGGUGGCGCUGUACCCAUUUGCCCAGCUCCAGAUGACCGAUCCGGGAUUGUUGGAGCUCAUACAUCUUGUGCUCCUAUCCAUUGCGCAAGUGAUCGCGAGCGAGGAAGAGGAGAUCCAGCCACGAUUGCAGACGGCGGCUGCCCCGCGGAGAACGUACAACGCGGUCGUCAUCCAGGAUUAUAUUGCGCAAUGCGAGGAGAGGUUGGAGGACUUCCCUGAGGAAAAGCCAUUGCGACCUCCAUCGUCGUAUCCCAGACCUGCGCCGCCAAAGGCCCCCAAGAAGACGCCGAAGAGGAAGAGACGCCACGCAUGGCCAGGAGCACAAGGCAGCCGAAUCGGUGGCGGCGAGGAAGUGGUUCAGCCCAUGCACGCGCGGAAUCCCGACCCUGUGCCUGUGAGUGCGGCGACGCUGGUUAAGGAGAUUGUCGUGCCAUCGCCGCCCCUCCCGCGCCUGCCCGAUCUCAAUCUCGAUGGAGCCGGGCCAUCAGCCGCAGCAGCCGAAGGAGGAAGCAGAAUGGGAUUACCGGAUCCUGUACCCAGACCCCCCGUCCUCGCGGGACCUUUCCGCUUCCGCCAGCCACCCCGGAGUGCCCCGGUCAUUGACAUUAGCAGUUCCCCUGAGCCGGACGGUCCAUCCGACAGAGGUGGAUUUCAUGGUGGAGCCCACCACCAUCAGGCUCGGGGCCCUUGCGGGGGCGCCGCGCCCUGAUCCGGCGUGGGAGUCAUAUCAGACACCCUCUUUUCAAGGGUGUAUUGCGGCGCGGCUGGCGGGGACGCUCAUCUACGAGACCGAGCAGCGUCCCAAUGUGAUGUAUCACUUCCUUGUCUUCGCGGCACAAAAGCGGGAGCGGCAGCCCUACACCGA